GGAAGAUGCUUUGGGCUGCGGUCGGGGGGUAGAAUGUCCGGCCGGGGUUGUAGCCCAACAAUGGCACGCAAUUGACAACUCGGGGGUUAGGAUGUCCGACAUUGUCCGCCAUCAAUGAAUUUGACGGCGCCACAGAUCCACAGCAACCAAAAUGUGGCAAACUCAAUCGCUGUAUAGAAUCCAUUGGGUAAUCCGGUUGCCUGGAUUGGAACUAUAAAAGGCAGGCAGCGAGUAUGGUUUCAUGUCCCCAUCAACCUACCAAUCUACUAGCUACAGCCAACUGUCGUGCAGCAUCAUCCCCCCGUUCAAUCGUACCCCAUCCUGUCUUCCUUUGACUUCAAAAGAUAACCAUGGCCAUCCGAUCCCUUAACCCGAACUUCCCGGCCUGGGGCUUUGCCGCCAACGCAGAAGAACCGGGCUCAACUCACCCAUGGGCGUUGCAACACAGCCACCCCUACCCAUCACCCUGGGCAGCACCGGACGGGGACGGGGACGAAACCCACGAGGCCAGUGGUCCACGCAAGCCAUACCCCUACCCCGGGCCGGCCAAGGGACACCCACCAUACACCUUCCCCGGCGCACUCGAGGGCCGAAAGCCAUACCCGUUCCCCGGGUACGCGCAGCAGCCGCACCCCUACCCCGGCCCUCUCCCAUGGCACCAGCCACACUCCUACCCGGGCCCGGCGGAAGGUCGAAACCCCUACCCUUGGCCCUGGGGGGACGACGGUGAGAAGCCCAAGCCCAAGCCCAAGCCGUUCCCGCGCAAGCCGUACCCCUACCCGGGACCCGCCGAGGGCCACAAGCCGUACCCGUAUCCGGGUCCCAUUCCCUGGCGACAGCCUUACCCGUCCCCGUGGGGCGACGACGACGACAACAACGACGAUGACGAUGACAACAAAUGCCAGCCCGGGUUCCCGCGCCAGCCGUACCGAUUCCCGGGUGUGCAACCACACAAAGCAGGCGGAUUUCCUUAUCCGCAGCCGCCAGACACGUUCCCCGGGCUUCAGCAGGGUGGACCCAGUAGGCGAGGAUGGGGUGCGAAUGGUUCCAGUGCACGGGGCGGCUUCGACGCUCCCCACCACCCCUGGACCUUCCCCUACCCCAACCAGCCACCCUACAAGUUCCCCGGUGUCAGAUCCAAUAAAUACCAACCGGACGUGGACGUGUUCGACACCCCCGAGGCUUUCGUGAUUCACGUGCCUCUCCCGGGCGCGAAGAAGGAAGAUAUCGAGGUCAGUUGGGAUCCCAAGGCUGUGCAGCUUGGUAUCUCGGGCACGAUCAGUCGGCCGGGCUCGGAGGAGCUGCUGAAGACGAUUGCGCUGGAUGAGCGGCGGGUGGGAGCGUUUGAGCGCCAGGUGCGGCUGGGGAGCCCCAGCAGUGCGCCGAAAGUGGAGGGCGAGGCCAUCUCGGCGAAGUUGGAGGAUGGGGUGCUUGUGGUGGAGUUGCCAAAGACAGAACCGGAUGAUGUGGAGGUGAAGAAGGUGGUGAUUGAGUGA